ACGCCUCAACCUCCGGGCGACAGACGACGGCUGCAGGCCAUCUCCGGUGACGGAUCUCCGACCCCGACCAUGGGCAGGCUGCUGCUGCUGGAGGCGCACGUCGCCUGCCUCCGCAUCGCCACCCCCGUCGACCAGCUCCCCCGCAUCGACGCGCAGAUCGCCGCGCGCGCCCCGCCGCCCGUGCCCCCCGCCGCCGCGCCCGCCGGCGGCGAGGAGCUCGACCUCUUCAUGACACACUAUGUGCUGCUCCUCUGUUCCUUCAAGGAACAGCUCCAGCAGCAUGUGCGCGUCCACGCCAUGGAGGCGGUGAUGGCCUGGUGGGAGCUCGAGCAAACUCUGCAGAGUCUUACAAGGGCAUCUGCUGGUGAAGGCACCGGGGCAACUAUGUCCGAUGACGAAGACAAUCCGGUCGACAGUGAGAGCAACAUGUUUGACGGGAAUGAUGUGUCAGAUGGCAUGGGCUUCGGAAUGCUAACCGAGGGUGAGAGAUCCUUGGUCGAGCGCGUGAGGCAAGAGCUGAAGCAUGAGCUUAAACAGGGGUAUAGAGAAAAGCUUGUGGACAUCAGGGAGGAGAUACUGCGGAAGCAAAGAGCCGGAAAGCUCCCAGGGGACACGGCGUCUACCCUGAAAGCUUGGUGGCAAGCCCACGCCAAAUGGCCGUACCCAACUGAGGAGGACAAGGCGCGGCUGGUGCAGGAGACGGGGCUGCAGCUGAAGCAGAUCAACAACUGGUUCAUCAACCAGCGCAAGCGGAACUGGCACAGCAACCCUACCUCGUCCUCGUCAGACAAGAGCAAGAGAAAAAGGAACAAUGCAGGUGAGGGCAACGCCGAGCAGUCCUGGUAGGGUGGGUGCGGUCGGUCGGAGAGCGAAGAACGAAGAACGAAUGCCCCAUAUAUGUACAUAGCGCUUCCAUCUUGUCGAUGAUUAGUGUUGAACCUCAUAUGUCCUCUGCAAUUCAUUUCCAUUAUAAUCUUACUCAUACAAUAUUCACACCAUGUAAUUCUGGAAAAGACAGUAUUGACAUGUUAUAAAAAAUGACAAUAUUGACAUGUUAUAAAUAGUUUGUUUGUAUUUCUGUUUA